AUGAUUGGCGCUGAUGGGGCUAACUCAGCGGUGAGGAACGCUAUGGGAGUCCAGUAUGUCUCGUGGAAGUACAAUCAUAUGGGCGUAGUAGCUACGCUUCAAUUAGCUGAGGAGUCAGAAAACACAACUGCGUGGCAACGAUUUUUACCCACGGGACCAGUAGCUCUACUGCCUCUGGACUCCAAACGAAGCUCCCUUGUAUGGUCAACGUCUCCUGAACAUGCUAAGGAGCUCCUCAACUUACCUGAUGAAGGCUUUGUUGAUGCACUUAACGAUGCCUUGUGGAAACAAUAUCCUCGCAACAAAGGCGUGGAUGCCUGUACAGCGUGGGUUGGCUCUGUACUAAAGCGCGUAGGUCUACCAGAUGGCGCUCAAAGGCAGUUGCCGCCGAGUGUUUGUGCUAUCUCACCGGGAUCCAGGGCCGCUUUCCCCCUCGCUUUUGGCCAUAGUACGAAAUACAUUGCUCCUGGAGUCGUUCUAAUUGGUGAUGCUGCGCACCGCGUCCACCCCUUAGCUGGACAAGGAGUGAAUCUAGGAUUUGGUGAUAUCAAAGACUUGACGGAGCUCCUCGGAGACGCCAUGUAUACUGGAUUGGAUAUAACUCACCCUGAAUGGAUGAAAAUGUACGAGACCGCACGACAGCGACACAACGUUCCCACACAAUUAUGCGUAGACGCAUUGUAUCGGCUGUAUGCGUACGACCUGACUCCGCUCGUCUUGGUCAGGAGUGUCGGACUACAGAUUACUAACGCUCUUGACCCCAUUAAGAAAUUAAUUAUGUCCCACGCCACAACAUGA